AUGGCAAAGCCAGAACCUCCCCAGGAAAAGAAGCGGACUCCUCUUGACACGCAAGCUGCUGGCCGCUUCAUCAGACACGGUGUCACGCAAAGCACUUAUGCUCAGUCUACGUCAUCUGAAGAGGUCGUUCCUUCAACCUUUGUGCCUGUCAGGGUGACGAGCAAGAUGGUGGAACGCUCCGAGUACGAGGAUCAGCUAGCAAAUGAGAGCAGCGAAGAGGAAGAAGAGCUCAAGAUCUUCGAUGGAGAUGAGGACGAAGAAGAGGUAAGUGAAGAUGACGAUGGCGACGAAGUAAGUGGCCCAGAUGAAGGAGUACGCGAAUAUGGAGACGACGAAGGAAAGGAAGAACAAACGGGAGCGAAGCGCAGACGGACUUCUAGCGUUUCUCUAGGUAUGAGCCUUUAUCUUCUCUUUGGCUACCUGACGAAUGUUGGCGGUUAG